GUAACGGUUGUACGUCGAGGGGGAUGUGCUGGUAUGUGCAGAAUCGACGUCGGCAACUAGCACAGGGUGGCUGACUUUGUCGAAGGGUGGAUUCACGGGGUGGUUGGUAGUCGCGUGCUCUCAUCGUCAGGUGAGCAGCUUUUGUAUGGAUGUAAUCGGUUUAUCAAAUAUUUUUGCGAGUUGCUGUUACCCGCAUUGGGAUCGAGUCUUGUUUCCGCAACACGCAAAACUUCUCCAUCGUCAGUGUCCACUGACGUACAUAUGUAGCACGUGUUCCCUUACACGCGAUGCUCGUGAUUUGUUCGUCCUUUUAUUAAGAGGAAGACACCGGGACUGAGAUGGCGCAGGAUAUCCCGGAGACGACGUACGUCCCGGAAGUGGAGCAGGAUGCGAGAAAGGAACGAGAACGGCGAGCUGUUGAAGAGGGAACUGUCUCGUGGAGACGACGAAAGGAGGAGUUGCAAUGUCAAAAGCACCGCGAACAGCGAGAACUGCAGCAGAUUUUGGAGAGUUAUUCGCCUUGGGGUAAACCAGGCGGUGGUGCACCCUGUGCCGCUACUCUCAGAAAGAAAAACGUGCCUCUAGAGCCGCCGGAGCUAUCGAAGUGUCACAAUUUCGGACAGCUGGCACCGCUCUGGCCCUGGGGUCGACCUGGUCCGGGUGGAGUUCCUUGGAGGGAUCCCAAGUUGCUGGGUGUGCGCUUCCUCGAGUCUCUGGGCUGGACGAGCAAUUCCACCAUCGAAAGGUUACACAGAAGGAGUAUUAACCCUUUGCCCGUCACGGAUAUGAACAAGUUCUUUGAUGAUAAAGCAGAACCAGGUAUCGCCACAGAUACGCGGCUGGUACGGGAUUCGAAAAAUCCCUACAACGAGGAAAUUCAGGUGUACGAAUUGACUGGCGGCGUGGAAUUGGUCCCGCUUUUGACCAGCAGACGUUAUUACUCGCAGUCACAAAACACUCGUCACGUCGCCACCGACGCCACCCGUCCUGGGUACACGAUAGAUUCAUUGCGAUCGCUGGGAGUUGGGGAUCGUGAAUACAUCGCCGAGCUGGCCGAGCAAAUGCGACGAAAACGGGAGAAAGCAUUGGAGGAACGAAAGAUGGAGUUGGAAAGCUGUCGAAGACAUUUCGAUACCUGGAGAAAGUUGUGGGGCCGGCCGGGUCACGGUGCACCCAUAGAUCACGCCCAUCGUAACAAUCUCUACAACAUUCUCUACCGUCCGGCUAUCUAUUGAAUUUCCACUUGCCGUUGCUGCGAAAAAUCAGGACUGCAUCCUCCGCUUUCUUUUCGUGCAAUGGGAGGAACUUCUGCGAAAUCUCUUUAUCUUAUGGAGAGAAUUGCUGCAGGGCGAACAACUAGCUAUAAAAGAUAAUAGGUUCGCUAGUCUACGAUACAAUAUGACGAUAAAGGUCGAUGGAGAUACAAGUUUCUUUCUUAGGAUGGUAGAUUUAGAGAGAACGGAAUUUUCUUAGUUUGCAAGUGGAUGGAUAAGUGAUGGAUCGUUACGAAAUAGUACGUAAAAGUCCUGUACAACAGCGUAGAAAAGAAAUUGACAGAAAAUUGUCAGAAAUGUUUAGAUGAAAAUGUAGAGAUGGUGAAAACAAUGAUACGAGAAGCAGCGGUUCUUUAGUAGCAUUUUGCUACUAAAGUAGCAAAGUAGAAAGUAGAAUCAUAUGAAUAUAAGAACGUAGAAUCGAAGAAUUAGUUAACGAGACUUUCGUCUUGCUUUCGAGAAGUUUUCGAUAAUCAAGUUUCAUGGAUAUCCGCUGUUAUUUCAUUGUUACGAAGCACUUAAAGUAGAGCGUGUUUUAACAUUUUACAUACAUGUUAGAUACUCGGUCACUCUAAAUGUACGUCGAUCUAGCUUGUGUGUUUGUACAUGUACAGGUCAAAUGCCUACAGAUGCAGAGUCCAUUUCAAGUUGUUCCCCAAUUUUCAACGAAUAAAUAAUUGCUUUUACACGAGCCAACGUGAAAUGUCAACGGACACGUCUCUCUCUCUCUCUUCUUCCAUUUUUCUCUGAAAAAAAAAACACGUCACGAAGGAAGAAAAAAGAAUGUCUAUAAUAUCGAUUCACCACGGGCCCUCUCUGUCUCGAGAGAGACGAUUACAGUUUGAAGGAUGAUUUCGUCCAUCCAUAGAAAUAUGGAAGAGGAAAUCAGUACGAAUGGCUUUCGCGAGGUAAUACACGUCGAACCGAGUGAGGGAACGUGUCGGGUGAGCUAUUAAAUUUCAUGAAAGCUCUCGAAGAGUACGGGCGAGACGUUUGAUAAAGUAGAGGCGUGCUACGAUUGACCAGAUCUCAAAGGAGCAAUCUCGAGAGAACGUGGCUACCCUUCGAACCGAUGAUUUUUAAAUUUCAUGAACACCGAGGAACACGGAUUUGAAUAUAUCCGUGUCUGUGUGCGCGUGUAUGUGCCUUUUUUUUGUGCGCGCGCGCGUGUAAAUCACAGAUAUUCGAAGAUAGUCAAAAGAAAUGAAUUGCUGUCGAUACUGCUGUUCUCGAAAACCUUUAUUGGUUGCUUCGGGUUCAGGAGCAACGUCAAAGAACGAUGGCCAACAGACAAGCGAAGAAAGGAAAGAGAAACAGCCCGGGCUCGUAAAACAGUUUGCAAUAUCGCAUGCCAUGCUAAAUGGAGCGAAGCGAGCUGUGCGUUUGAACACGACUCGCUCAAAGAUCUCCCGUGCACUAUAAUAUUUCGAGGAAAUACUCGAUAGAGGUUCAGCCCGGACUACUUUCACUAUUUGCCUGCGUUGCAUCGAAAUUAAAUGAAAUUGCAUUUAAAGGAGCUGUUUAAAAACCUGUUCCUUUUGUUUCGUAAACAGAACGUAAAGUAGGAGAAGCAAUAUCAUGUGAAGCGUACCUCCCUUGCUUCUGUGAAGAUGAUUCCUCUUUGCUCCAAUAUUUAUUGCUCGAAUAUUAUAUGUUACUCGAAAGAAAACAGUUUAGUAAAACAAAAUACAUAUAUGGAGAC